AUGUUCAGCACUAUCCCUAAGGGUACUGGCUACGACAAAACCAUCAAGAACAUGUUGAUCAACAAGAACACCAAGGUCGUCUGCCAGGGAUUCACCGGCAAGCAGGGUACUUUCCACUCAAAGCAGGCGAUUGAGUACGGCACCAACAUGGUCGGAGGUGUCUCUCCUAAGAAGGGUGGUCAAACCCACUUGGGUCUCCCCGUCUUCAACACCAUCGCUGAUGCUGCCCGUGAGGUCAAACCCGAUGCCACGGUCAUCUAUGUCCCCCCUCCCAUGGCUGCUGGUGCUAUCUUGGAUGCCAUUGAGGCCGAGAUCCCCUUGGUUGUUGCCAUCACUGAGGGAAUUCCUCAGCAGGACAUGGUUCGCGUUGUCCGUGCUAUGAAGACUCAGGAUAAGACUCGCUUGAUUGGACCCAACUGCCCCGGUAUUAUUGCGCCCAAUGCCUGCAAGAUCGGCAUUAUGCCCGGCCACAUUCACAAGGUUGGAAAGAUCGGUAUCGUGUCGCGAUCGGGCACGCUUACAUAUGAGGCUGUGAACCAGACGACCCAGGUCGGCCUUGGUCAGUCUCUUUGCAUUGGUAUUGGUGGCGAUCCCUUCAACGGAACCAACUUUAUCGACUGCUUGACGCUGUUCUUGGACGACCCCAACACGGAGGGUAUUAUUAUGAUUGGAGAGAUUGGAGGCAGUGCAGAGGAGGAGGCGGCCGAGUUUUUGAAGCAGUACAACUUGACGCGUGAGCAACCCAAGCCUGUUGUGUCGUUUAUUGCAGGCCGUACGGCCCCUCCUGGCCGCCGUAUGGGCCAUGCUGGAGCUAUUAUUGCUGGAGGCAAGGGAGGCGCAGAUGACAAGAUCAAAGCCCUGGAGGGUGCCGGAGUUAUUGUCUCGCAGUCGCCUGCCAAGCUGGGAGUUCUUAUGCGCGCCGCCAUGGAGAAGGCAGGCCUUGUUUAA